CGGCGGGCCCAGGCCCAGGGCCGGCGGGACGGGACGGCGCCGCCGGGGAGUGCGGGCCGGCCAGCGGGCAUGAUGGGCACCAAGGCCUUCACGCUGGUGUCCGCCGUGGAGCGGGAGCUGCUGAUGGGCGACAAGGAGCGCGUCAGCAUCGAGUGCGUGGAGUGCUGCGGCAAGAACCUGUACGUGGGCACCAACGACUGCUCCAUCCACCACUUCCUGCUGGAGGAGCAGAGCCUGCCGGCCGGCACCGCCGCCUUCACGGCCACCAAGCAGCUGCAGCGGCACCUGGGCCUGCGCAAGCCGGUGAGCGAGCUGCGCGCCGCCUCGGCCCUGCACAGGCUGCUGGUGCUGUGCGACUGCUCCAUCUCCCUGGUGCACAUGCUGAGCCUGGAGCCGGUGCCCUCGGGCGCCCGCAUCAAGGGCGCCGUGGCCUUGGCCCUGAACGAGAACCCGGUGAGCGGGGACCCGUUCUGCGUGGAGGUCUGCACCAUCUCCGUGAAGCGCCGCACCGUGCAGGUGUUCCUGGUGUACGAGGACCGGGUCCAGAUCGUCCGCGAGGUGUCCACGCCGGAGCAGCCCCUGGCGGUGGCCGUGGACGGCCACUUCCUGUGCCUGGCCCUGACCACGCAGUACAUCAUCCUCAACUACAGCACGGGCGCCGCCCAGGACCUGUUUCCCUACUGCAGCGAGGAGAAGCGCCCCAUCGUCAAGCGGAUCGGGCGGCAGGAGUUCCUGCUGGCGGGCCCGGGAGGACUGGGCAUGUUUGCCACCGUGGCUGGGAUUUCUCGGCGGGCUCCUGUGCACUGGUCAGAGAACGUGAUCGGCGCAGCUGUCUGCUUCCCCUAUGUCCUGGCCCUCGACGACGCCUUCAUCACGGUCCACAGCAUGCUGGACCAGCAGCAGAAGCAGACCCUGCCCUUCAAGGAAGGCCACAUCCUGCAGGACUUCGAAGGAAGAGUGAUUGUCGCCACAAGUAAAGGAGUUUACAUCUUGGUUCCCUUACCUCUGGAAAAGCAAAUACAGGACCUUCUAGCAAGCCACCGAGUGGAGGAGGCACUGGUUUUAGCAAAAGGAGCCCGGAGGAACAUUCCAAAGGAGAAAUUCCAGGGCAUGUACAGGAGGAUCCUGCAGCAGGCCGGCUUCAUCCACUUCGCGCAGCUCCAGUUCCCGGAGGCCAAGGAGCUCUUCAGAAGCGGCCAGCUUGACGUCCGGGAGCUGAUCUCUCUGUGCCCCUUCCUGUUGCCCACCUCCUCUUCCUUCGCGCGGUCUCACCCUCCUCUCCACGAGUACGCAGACCUGAACCAGCUGGCGCAGGGCGACCAGGAGAAGGCGGCCCGGUGCAAGCGCUUCCUCAUGAGCUACCUGGACGAAGUGCGCGGCACGGAGGCCGUGCGCAGCUACCGGGAGGACGUGGACACGGCGCUGCUCAAGCUGUACGCGGAGGCCGGCCACGCCGGCCUGCUGGGCCUGCUGGACGGCGAGAACGCCUGCCUGCUGGCCGACAGCGCGGCCUGGCUGGAGAAGCACAAGCGGUAUUUUGCACUGGGACUGCUCUACCACCAUAAUAACCAGGAUGCGGCUGCAGUUCAGCUGUGGGUGAGCAUCGUGAACGGGGAGCUGGACGACCCCACGCGCGCAGACCUGUACGACCACGUGGUGGACUUCCUCACCCACAGCCCGGACCCCGCGCUGGUGUGGCAGCACGCCGACUGGGCCCUGCAGAAAAGUGAGGAGGUCGGAGUCCAGCUUUUCACCAAGAGGCCUUUGGAGGAGCAGCAGGACAGCUUCAGUCCAGACCACGUGCUCAGCCGCCUUAAGAAAUACCCCAGCGCCCUCGUCCGCUACCUGGAGCACCUGGUGGUGGACAGGAACCUGCAGAGGGAAGAGUACCACACGCGCCUGGCCCUGCUCUACCUGGACGCGGUGCUGCAGCGGACGCCCGGCGCCGGCGAGGUGACGGAGACGCAGGCGAAGCUGCGCCGCCUGCUGCAGAAGUCCGACCUGUACCGAGUGCACUUCCUGAUGGAGCGGGUGCGGGGCGCGGACCUGCCCAUGGAGAGGGCCAUCCUGCACGGGAAGCUGGAGGAGCACGAGCAGGCGCUGCGCACGCUGGCGCUGGAGCUGCGGGACUUCUCCGCGGCCGAGGACUACUGCGCCUGGCGCGCCGCGGGCCGGGAGCCGGCCUUCCGGCGGCGGCUCUUCCACACGCUGCUGGCCCUGUACCUGGGCCCCGGCCCCGCGGAGCUGGCCGUGGCCGCCGUGGACCUCCUGAACCGCCACGCCGCCGAGUUCGACGCCGCCCAGGUGCUGCAGCUGCUGCCGGGCUCCUGGUCGGUGCAGCUGCUCGGCCCGUUCCUGACGGGCGCCCUGCGGGACAGCACCCACGCCAGGAGGACCGCGCAGGUGGCGCUCGGCCUGGCCACGGCCGAGAACCUGAUCUAUCAGCACGACCAGGUGAGGGUGAAGCGGAGCUCGUUCCGGCUCUCGGACAGACAGCUGUGCCAGGUGUGCCGCCGUCCCUUCUGCGAGCCCGUGUUUGUCAGAUACCCGACCGGCGACCUCGUCCACACCCACUGUGCCGCCAGCAGACACUCGAACCCCAGCGCCCCCCGCCCCGGCGCUCGGACUUGAAGGGACCACCUGGGCGCCAGGGGGACCCCGAGCUCUCCUCACACCGAUGCAAGGAGCAGAGAGCGGCGGCGCCGGGCCAGCCAGGCAGGGACACCUCGGGGCCGGCAGACUCGGUCCGUGUGAGACGAGGACGCUUCCUGCUGACCAGCGGCACGAGUGCCCAGGAAGCCCGAGCGGAGAGCCCGCCCGCAUCCGGGGCCGGCGCCCACGCCCGCCUCGGGCGCACGCUGGCCCGGGCGUCUCCUCAGGGUGGCACGCGGGUGACUGCUCAGCCCGGCGAGUGCCGGGGCAGAGUCCUGUGCGGACUUUCCCCCGGGUGGUGCGUGCUCCAUCCACGGCACCGCGGCUGCUUCCCGUGACCCCGGGGCUCCGCCCGCCUUGGCGUUGGCUGGCCUGGGAGGGGUGUCCGUUCCCUCCUGUUUCCCAUCCGGCCCCCACCCUGAGAGCGUCCCUUCGGGUGAACAGUGUGCUCCUGGCUUCUGGCAAGUGAACACCACGACGAGACUGAUGAAGGCCGAGGGAGAGGCUGCCUGCCCGGGGGACGGCGGCCGAGACAGGGAGCCGUGGGGACAGGGCCCAUGCGUGUGCCCCUCACUGCAGGGCCCACGCGCCUGCUGGUCUCAAACUCCACGGUCAGUGUGCUUGACUAAGCAUUUUAUUUGAAGUUAUAUUAUCUUUGUAAUAUUCCUCUUAUUUAGAAAAUCAUCUGUCAUAUUUGGUAGGGAUGUUUCUCAUUGACAUGUACCUCCUGUGAACACUGGGGAAAUUAAAAGGGAAACAAUGAGCACAACCCGCUGUGUUCCCGGGCGAGGCCGCUCCCGCACGCAGCCGGGGGGCGGGGCUGGCGCUGCUGCUCACACGUGAGGUGGUCGCCUUUCCCGAGGUGAUGCCAGCGAGGGAGGCCGGCCGCCGCCUCCCCUCCAGCACCACACAUGCCGCCCUGGGUUCCUGGCCACAGGGAAACCAGGGCCCGUGGUCCCAGACUGCGAUGGGUCUGUGGUUCCGCUCUGCCCUCGGAUGGCUUCGUUUUGGUGGCUGAGUCUGUUAGGGAUGGAAAAUGAAGACACUGUACCCCGAUGCCAGGCUUGCAAGCAAGCAUCAGCGUCUGAGGGGAGCGCCCUGGAGCACGCCCUCCCACGCCUGAGCCUUACGGAGGGGGGUGAAGAGCCCACUCCGGUCUUUAAAGACCUUCUGCACUGCGAAUCGUCAGCCUUCCUUUUCCUUUGUGGUUCCGACUGGGCCGAGAAGGCAACGGCGGCCACGCCUGCUUUCCUAACUAGGUCUCCGUGAGCCCAGCAGAGAAGGAAGGCAUUCUGCCUGCGCGCAGCCCCGUGCUGCUGCUGGGGGGACACAGCCUGGCCGGCGUAACCUGCGGGUGGUGUGCAGAUCACCAUGUUACUGUGCAUAUCACCGCCCAACUGUGUGCUCCGAUCUGCUCCUCGAAGAACGGGCGACUAGUCCAUGCAAUAUGCACUUUGCAAAGCACUGUUCUCUACUCAGAAUGGGUACAACCUUGAAAAAGUCUUGUGAUUGCUCAUUUCUAACUUGGGGCCCCUGGUCAGUCUCUUUUUUCUCUGAACAUUGGUCUAUACUUUGAAAUGUUUGUUUUCCUUUAGAAUAAUGGGAGUUGCAGUCAAACAGUUUUCCAGCUCUCCCAAACCCUUGAAGACAGGCAGGACUCUCUGACACUGCAGAAUUGUCUCCUGUGUUCAAAACCCUUCUCUAAUCUUCCUCCAACUCCCACAAGGCUCUUUUCUCAAAUCACAUUUUGAAAAGAAAUACGUGUUCGUCCCACAGGCCUGCUGCUCGUGAGUGUGCUGUGGGAGAGAGCAGUCCGAAGCACCGCUCAGCCUUCCCCUCCAGGCUCUGUGUGACCAUUUUAGUUAGAACAGCAGGCACCGAACCAGCUGUCACUUAUGUUCUGUGGGCAAGACUGUCUCGUUUGAUGGCCUGUGGAUCUGCUGCUGCCCAUCGAGCACUAACGGGGAGUGAGGCUGUGGGCGGGCCUGGCUCUGCCCAGGUCCGCUGUGGGGAGGGCCUCGAUCGCUGUGGAGCGAAGCCUGUCACACAGCCGGGGUAGCCCUUGCUUUUUGCUUGCUCUCCUAUGGAAACCGAUGUCCGUGAAACUCUAUCCUUUGCCCCUGGUUGGGUCCCAAAUACACAAGAUGUACAAAUGUAAACUUGAUUUUAUUAAAAUUCUUUUAAUUCUU